CUAAAUCCUUUUCUCGAUUCGGUAAUCAUACUCAGAGACAUCCAGAGUUUAGUCAAAAAAAACUGCCGUCUUGAAUGGUUGGAGAGCUCACGAUAACUGCCAGUAUCUGGGUUUCUAAAUCGCGGGGCAGAUAGCACGGAUUAGGAAGUGCGAUCCGAGGCUUUAACCCCUCUGGGAAGCUAAGCUGUCCAACGACGACAACGACGACCUAGCGCCCACCUUUGGAGAGGAAAGACCUACCAUAAAGCUUCCUCGUCUGCGAUCUAUGAGUAGAAAUCUGUUUACUCCUCUUCUUUCGACGCUUCGAAGAUCGGUGGUUCAUCAACUAAACUCACGAAGACUAUUUACCACGAUGUCAGAUCUCUCCAUCGAGCUCACGGCUCCCAAUGGCAGGAAGUAUGCCCAGCCCACGGGCCUAUUUAUCAAUAAUGAAUGGGUGAAGAGCAGUAAUGGCGCGAAAUUGACUUCUAUCAAUCCCACAGAUGAAACCGAGAUCACCUCCGUCUACGCAGCAACAGCAGACGACGUCGACACCGCGGUCGCCGCCGCCAGAAAAGCAUUUAAAGACCCCUCCUGGCGCGACAUGUCGCCCACCGACCGCGGCAACAUGAUGAUGGUGCUCUCCGACCUAUGCGCCAAGAACGCCGACCUGCUGGCCACCAUCGAGACCUGGGAUAACGGGAAGACAUACUCAGACUCCCUGGGCGACGUGGGAGAGGUGGUCGCGGUCAUGAAGUACUAUGGCGGAUACGCGGAUAAGAUGCACGGCCAGGUGAUCGAUACCGGCCCCGCGAAGUUUGCGUACACGAUCCGCGAGCCGGUCGGUGUUUGCGGGCAGAUCAUCCCCUGGAAUUAUCCCCUCGCGAUGGCGGCGUGGAAGUUGGGGCCCGCGCUCGCGUGUGGGAAUACGAUUGUGAUUAAGGCUGCGGAGCAGACGCCGCUGUCUAUUCUCGUGCUGGCGAACUUGAUUAAGGAAGCGGGCUUCCCGCCGGGCGUGGUGAAUAUCUUGAACGGGUAUGGGAGGGAGGCGGGGGCGGCGAUCGCGACGCAUUUGGGGAUUGAUAAGGUGGCGUUUACGGGCAGUACGGGGACAGGGAAGGAGAUUAUGAAGAUGGCGGCGGUGAAUAUGAAGAAUAUUACGUUGGAGACGGGUGGGAAGAGUCCGUUGUUGGUUUUUGAGGAUGCGGAGAUGGAUCAGGCUGUUAAGUGGGCUCAUAUUGGCAUCAUGUCCAACCAAGGCCAGAUCUGUACCGCCACUUCCCGUAUCCUGGUCCAGGAAAGCGUCUACGAUCAAUUCGUCGAAGCCUUCAAGAAGCAAGUCCAAGAGGUUUCAGUGGUUGGUGACCCAUUCGCCGAAACCACCUUCCAAGGACCACAAGUCACAAAGACACAAUACGAGCGCGUGCUCGGCUACGCCAAAGCCGGCAAAGAAGAAGGCGCUAUUCUCCUCUGCGGCGGCGAAGCAUUCACCAACACGCCGUCCGGGAAAGGAUUCUUCAUCUCCCCCACCGUCUUCACGGGCGUAAAACCAGACAUGAAGAUCUUCCGCGAAGAAGUAUUCGGCCCCUUCGUCGUCAUCGCAUCCUUCAAGACGGAAGAAGAAGCGUUAGAGAUCGCCAACGAUACGACGUAUGGUCUGGGAUCAGCAGUGUUCACGCAGGAUAUCACGAGGGCGCAUCGAGUGGCGAAACGCAUCGAGGCGGGGAUGGUGUGGAUUAAUAGUAGUAAUGAUUCGGAUUUUAGGAUCCCGUUUGGGGGCGUCAAGCAGAGUGGGAUUGGGAGGGAGUUGGGCGAGGCUGGGUUGGCGGGGUAUACGCAGAUUAAGGCUGUGCAUGUUAAUAUGGGGAGUAGGUUGUAGUGGGUGAUGGGGGAGGGGAAGAAAAGGAAAUCGAGCGUAUUCAGGUGGCGGGGUAGACAUUAGCGCUUCCAGGUGCUUCAGUGUGCUUACCACAACUGAGGGAGUAGGGGGAGGGAUGAGAGAUGAGGAAUGAGACAUGAGAGAUAAGCUACUUGCUAUGGGCCAUGAGCUAUGAACUAUGAGCUAAAUGCAUUGGAUGAAAUUUCAUCCCUUUCUUUGGAAAUUCAAAUUU